AUGGCCAGCAGGAGGCAGUGGCGGUGGUGCCUGCUGGCGGCGUGGUGCUGCGCGGCUGCCGCGCUGUCUGCGGCGCAGUCGUCGCCGCCGGCGGCGGACCCGCUGCAGAGCAAGUGCCAGGGGGACUUUGGGAAGCUGACGGACUGCAUGGACUACGCGACGGGCCACGCGGCGUCGCCCUCAUCCACCUGCUGCGGCGACGCCGGCGACACGGAGAAGGCGCGCCCGGAGUGCCUCUGCUACAUCAUCCAGCAGGUGCACACGGGGCGCAACCAAGUGCAGUCGCUCGGCCUGCGCUUCGACCGCCUCAUCGCGCUCCCCGCCGCUUGCAACCUCCCCAACGCCAACGUCUCGCUCUGCAUCAACCUGCUGAACCUGAAACCGGGCUCGCCGGACUACGCCCUCUUCGCCAACGCCUCCAAGAUCACGCCAUCAGCUAACCGGGCGAGCGACAGCACCGCCGGCAGCGGCUUCAAGCUUCAGGCUGGGAUCCGCGGCAGCGUCGCGCUCACCGUGAUCUCUGCGAUCGUCUCGUCAGUCUUCUGA